AUGGAUUUGCUUGAUAACCAACUGGAUCAACAUCAGAAUGCUCAGCCCACAGGACAUGAUGGAUCACUUGCAGAAAGCAACGCUCAACAACACAAUCAAAGUGAAGAAAAAGUGAGCUUUGUUUGGGUGAAGGGUGUUGAUGAGAAAUUAGUUCCUGCUAGCGAACUGGCAAGAGCAUUUAAAUUUUUCCUGUGGAGGGUCUUGCUUGUGGCCGAGGCACUGAUGAAUGAACUGAACUUUGAUCAAGAAAAAAGAAUCAAUCAUCUUCAUCAAUUGGCACCCACCGUCAGGGAGUUCAUACUUAGUCCCAAAUUCAGCAUUCCAAUCUUGGCUAAUCAGGAUGCACUCUACAACAGCUCCCCGAAUUUCUCGUUCCACAUUUGCUCAAAAAUCAUUGCCCAAUUCUUUUAUUACUCACUCCCUGGUCCAAACGAGCAAAGACAGAUGGCAGAAUAUACGGAGCGCUAUGCCCACCGGUUUCUCUACCAUUGGUACAAAACACUCGAAAUCCCUCAAGCUCUUAGUAAUGCAAACACGUUUCUGUACUUGCUGAGAAAGAUAAGUCUGGAUAAAAAACAGUUGAGAGAAUCACAUGGGAUAUUCUUGUGAUCAGGUGAAGAAACAAGGGCAAGAUCAUCCUUGAAAUUGAUAGUCAUUGAACAAUUUAUUCAAUACGAAAUACAUCAAAAGUGG